AUGAAGUCAGCAAAAUCAAAACAAAGAAUAAACGAAAUGCGAACACCGGCUAGAAGUAAACAGAACUUGGCUACUACUGAACGAGACCCAGUUCAAGUAUACUGCCGACUACGACCAAUGCAACGAGAAACUGAUAUUUCUUGCAUGAAAAUAAUUUCUUGCAAUACUGUUUUGUUAACGCCGCCAUCGACGGCACUAAGCUAUAGAAAUGAAAAUACCAAAACAAUGAAGUAUACAUUUAAGGAAGUGUUCCCGCCAGAAACGUCCCAACAAGAAGUCUUCGAUAAAGUUGCUUUGCCUUUAGUGGAAGGGCUUAUUAAAGGGAAAAAUGGAUUACUUUUUACAUAUGGUGUUACAGGUAGUGGUAAAACUUUUACUAUGACAGGUGAACCUAACAACUGCGGUAUUCUGCCGCGAUGUUUGAACGUUAUUUUUAAGACAAUAAAUGAUUUUCAAGCCCACAAAUAUGUUUUCAAGCCGGACAAAAUGAAUAUGUUUGAUAUUCAAAAUGAAGCUGAAGCAAUGUUAGAGAGGCAGCAGGAACUGCAUAAAUUUAAAUUGGGUAAAAAAAAUAAUUCCAAUCCAGAUUUAGCAAUGUCUACAUCAGAUCUUACCAAGGUCGAUGGUGUGAAUGAAGACAAUCAGUAUGCUGUGUUCGUAUCAUACGUUGAGAUUUACAAUAACAGUGUGUUUGAUUUAUUAGAAGAUGGUCCCCCUAUCAGCAAAAAUUUACCAGUUAAAAUUAUUCGUGAAGAUGCAGCUCAUAACAUGUAUGUGCAUGGGGUUACCGAAAUUGAAAUUAAAUCUGCGGAGGAAGCCUUUGAUGCAUUUUAUUUGGGUUUGAAAAGGAAACGCAUGGCUCAUACAAAUUUAAAUGCAGAAUCAAGUAGAAGUCACUCUGUUUUCACAAUAAGGCUGGUGCAGGCGCCAGUUGAUGAAAUGGGCGAAGCGGUGAUACAAAAUAAAAAUGUUUUGUCCAUUAGUCAGCUUAGUCUUGUAGAUUUAGCAGGUAGUGAACGAACUAAUAGGACUAAAAAUACUGGUCAGCGGUUGAGAGAAGCAGGUAACAUUAAUAAAUCUUUAAUGACUCUCAGAACCUGUUUGGAGGCUUUGCGAGAAAAUCAGAUCAAUGGUACUAAUAAUAUGGUGCCAUACCGUGAAUCAAAAAUCACCCUUUUAUUCAAAAACUUUUUUGAGGGUGAAGGUCAGGUACGUAUGAUAGUUUGUGCCAAUCCAAGAGCUGAAGACUACGAUGAAACCCUCCAAGUAAUGAGAUUUGCUGAAAUGGCAGCUGAGGUGGAGGUUGCCAAGCCUCAGAUAACGGAUAUUGCUUCAGCUAUUGGAUUAAUGUCUGGUAGACGUAAGGCUAAUCGCCUGUUCACAGCUGCCAGGGAUAAUAUGAUGAGACCGGAAGCUAAAGAAUUGGAACUUGAUUUAGGGCUUGUCUACAGUCUUGGGCCUGACUUUCCUAGCCUAGAAUUAAACAGUUCUCAGGCAGCCCACAUAAUCAAAGAGCUUAUGGCUCAUUUAGAAAUGAGGAUUAGUCGCAGAGAAACUUUAAAACGUAGCAAAGCUGUCAAAGAUGAAAGGUUAAGAUCUGCAUUAUUAGAGUUGGAAAAAGAAUCUCUGGAAGUAAGAAGUGAGAAUGCUUCAUUACGAGGACAAUUGGCAGCUUCGGAACGAAGAGUAAGAGCUUUAGAAGAACGCUUAACAAAAACUGAAAAUGCAUCUUUGUCACAUCAAAGAAAAUUAAAUGAAAUGACAGAAUAUACUUCUUCUUUAAAAAGAGAGCUACAAGAAAAAGAAUUGCUUCUCAGUCAAAAUAAGAUAGACAAGGAAAAACAAAAGAAGGUUCUAGAAAGAAAAUACAACCAUAAAAUUGCUGCAGAACAUGAAAAAGCAAAAGAAAUUAAUUCGGAGAAGGAGCGUUUGAGAAAUGCAAAUGAAGACAAGGAGAAUCGUUUAAGGAUUAUAGCUGAAGCCUUAAACAUUGAUAAAAGAGACAGUGUUGAUACAGUGCCCAAAAUGAUGGGAGAUAUGGCUGCCCAAACAUGCUGCCGUGAUUUCACACCAGGUUCAACUCCUAGGGCUUUACCAGCACAUAUGUUAACACCGUUUAGUUCAGUUCCUCAUACAAAAGAUACACCAUCAACUUCGCGUCGUGGUGUAGCAGUUGCAAAUCCACGGCACAGACGGUCAUUAUCAGCAGAUGGACGUGGAUGGAUAGAACAUGCACCUAACAAAAUAGUACCAAUGGGAACAGUCAUGAAACCUAGCAUAGGACACAGUAAACAAGUAAACAAACUAACCAGUGUUAAGGAUAUAACAAAUUCAAAAACAUCUAAAUAUUGUCUCAUCUCUCAAGAACAAGAUACAGAUGGUGAAUUGGAAACAAAACUGUACAAAGGGGAUGUUGUCCCUACAUGUGGUGGGGGAGCUCAAGUUAUAUUUAAUGAUGUUGAAAUGCUUAAACAGUUUUCACCAACACGCAAAUCUAAUUCUGCACGACUGUCUGAGAACACUUGUGCUAGACAUUCCAGUAAAAGGCGUGAUACGGGGUGUUCUCCACCGCAAACCCCCUCAAAUACCAGUAAAAAGCAAAGAGUAGAUGAUGAUUAA